GAAGGUGGUGGUAGCGCGAGAAAUCGAAGCGCACUCGGACAAUUCUAGAAUUAUCGGCUGCGGACGUUGCCCUCAACACGCGACCGUCGUCCCGUGGUGCUCUAACGAGGCCGAUCAUUAAAUUCGGAGAGAAUCCCGCACGAGAACGCCAACGCAACGAAACGCGACAGAACGCCACGCAACGCGGCUGUUCGUGCGCGAAGGUGCGCGCAGAUCGUUUCACCAACCGUCGGAUCGGAAGUCGCCGAUGUGCCAAGCUCGUGGCGACCAAUUCGUAAACCUCUUCGCAAGAUCCUCGACAGAUCGGGAGAUCCGAUCGACCGGCCGAGGGGAACGCUCGACUCGGCUUGCUCGCGUUGCUGACGAGAGAAAGUGCACGAACCGGAAGUGUCAUCGAGCGAGAUUAUUCAGCGCCACAAUUCUGCCGUUCUCUCUCUUCCUCUCUUUCCGUAUCUGAUAUUCCGCAUCUUUCUCUUUCCUUUUGUCAUUACCUUUCGCCAAUAUCCAACCGCUACGCUACGUGCAUCUAGCAGGAUUUCACGGUUAUAAACGCGGUAUCGAGACCUCUGCACAUCGUCGACGUUGUCGCCGAGGACCAACGGGUCCGCUACGGCAAUGUGAAAAACCCCACACCGCCGCCGGCUCUGAUCUCGUAACACUGCCAAUUGAAAAAGAAAAACAAAAUUCGACUGACCGAUCGAAAACCCAUCGCCUUGCCUGCCUCGCGAUCUCUUCGCUUCAUCCCCGCGCGGGAGCUCGACCACGGCCAAAGUCACACGCGGAUCCUUUCCGGGUCGGGCAUGCGCUUCGGCCGCGCGUCCUCGGAACGCCACGAGAGUCCACCGAAGAGGACCGGAAGAGAUCACGGCGGCGAAGCCCACGAUUACACUGCCGUUGCCUUCUGAGCGCGCUCGGAAACUCCAAUUUAACGAGACACUGCCACAAUAUUCAGACAAAAAGAGAAUAAGACAACAAGAGAGGCACGCACGAGGAAAGCCAGCUGUGUCGACCGAUUCGAGGCAUAUUGAAAGAGAGAGUGAGACUAAUAGACUACAUUGCAAUUGAAAUUUCCGCGAUUAAAACGAGAUCGAUCCACGAUAUCGCAGCAAACGAAUUUCAUCGUCAUAUUCCUCCGUUGGACGAUAUGUUCAGGGGGGCUUGGUUUCGGAGAACGAAGGUCUACGAGAGAAUUCAACGCACACAGGAUUCGAUAACCGUGCGCCGAUAGAUCAGCGCGACUUCCUGUUAAACAAGUCGCGCGCGCGAGUAGAAGAAGAAGAAGGGGAGCGGGCGACCGUGUUAUCUAACAGUUGCACGGUUGCAAUCUAACGGUUGCAAUCAGCAUUUCGGAGCACUCAUGCGUACACGCAUGUGAACGAGGAGGGUCGUCAACGAACGCAAGCUUAAUCGCCAAAAAGAGAGCGGCGGAAGAAAGAAAAGUAGAGAAAAGGGACGGUCGCGGAUGGCGAGAGUCGUCGAUCUUCGACGAUUGGCGUGUCAGUCGAGGAUUUCGUCGCAUUCACUAGGAGACCCGAGUAAUUGAGAUGUUUCCGCGCGAGUGACUGAAAAUAAGAACGAUCUUGAACGGUCCUCAAGGAGCACUUGAAGACAGGUCUUGCGGAGGGGUGGCGUGACUGAUCGUGCAAUGUUUGUUGUUCUAUUGGAAACCGCGUGAGAAUGGCAGAUAACGAUAUUUAACGAUGAAUCAGAAUUGUUAUCUGUAUGAGUAGACUUGAUAGUGAUUUAGGGGGCAGUGAUCGAGCGUAUGGUUGACGAGUUUUCGUGUUUCAAGUUCCGUGUUUAAAGUCAUUAUAUCCGCUGAGUGCUCUUUCUGAGUAUUGUUUCGAAGUCGCGGCGACGAUCUUCGACCCCGUUGGUAGGUCGUUAUCGUGAUUUACACAACGAGAGCACCGAAAAAUCGCGAGUGUACAGAAUAACGACGGAAGCAUUGGAAGCGGUCAACAUCGCAGAAGAAAGUUAUAUCGAGAUAUACCGCGGAAUCCCGAUCGGGGAUUGACGUCGACCCUUGCGAAAGCAGUUUGCUCGGAAACGAGGAAAUCGCAUACGAAUAGACUGGCCACGAAAUCGAAAAGACGAUCAUGAUGUCUUUUUGUUAUUAUUCUGUCACGAGAUAAUUGUCUCGACCGAAAUCUACUGCACUGUUAGGACGUGUCGUCCGGCGUGUUAUCCGUUCCACUGCCUUUCCGUCUAGAUGAGACGAGAUCGUCCCGAAGCCGUCUGAAGCAAAGAGCAAAAGAGAAUAUAAAAACCAUAUAUAAAUUAUUUAUAGAUUACUUAUAGAUCUCAACAGAGAGAGAGAGAGAGAGAGAAAGAAAAGGAGAGCCUCUACAAAACACUCGUUCAGCGCGAUCAACGUGCGUUCGUCGUUUGUCGUUCGCGCGCUUGCAACUUCGCACAGUACGUAAUAUAACGCUUCAUCGCUUCUACGCGUUCAAGAGUACAGUAUCCCGCGUUAAUUGCGCAUUCCGAGGCGCGAAUAGUUUUUAACACGAUCAGCAAUCGGACUCGACGCGGUGGCCGCCACGUCGAGGAUCGCGUUCCCAACGUCUCGGUGGAACCGACGUACUCAGGGUGGUGCAUGGCGCCGGAAGUGUCGGGCCGAUGAGGAACAAGUGCGCGUGCAAGUGCCUGAGAAAACGGACCAGACGGCGAGGUCGCGUGAAUUUUUCGUCGUCUUCUUCGCGUAGUGCGUAGUCGAGCGGGAGACGUCUGUCCUCUCCCGUGCGUGUGUAUUGUGCGUGCGCCGCUAGAACGCUGACACGAAAACGCGAAGCGAGGAAGUCGAUUACUGCCCUCGGCGAUCGUCCUCGUCGGUAUACCGACAUCGCCACGGUGGUCCACGUGGUCACCGCGACGACCCACCUGUCGUUGGUGCAGUUUCGAGAAGAACCGCGGCCCGCAACUACGAUUUUCACACCUUGGAUGUCCUAAGCGGAAAAAGAUGAAUUAUGACCCUUACGCGCAGCCCGUGUGAGCUAGACAACAUGAGCUUGUUUCAAAACCUCAAGUUGAAAAGGGGAAAGGUCGACUCCCGAUGUAGUAGCGACGACUCCCCGGUAUCCCUCGGAUCAGAAGGCUCGCCACUCGGGAACCAGCCGGCGGACGCACCUUCACCCAUAAACUUUCCUGCUCCAGGGGAGAGCAUGGCGGACACUUCGACCCUGUCGCCGGAGGCGAACACGCCGAGCUCGCCGGGCUGCCCCGGGGUCACGGUGAAAAGCGAGUACCUGCUGGGCAGCCCGAGUCCCGGGACACCGCGAGGAGACUCUCUCCGUGGUGGUGCUGGCAGCGGCGGAGGAAGCAGCCAGGAAGGCCGCGACGCGACGUGCCCGGACCGUGCAUCGCCCGACUCGGUCUUCCCAGACGCCAGCCCCAUGGUGAGCUUCAGGGUGGUCGACGAGCCGCAGCAGCAACAUCACCAUCAGCAACCACCACCGUCACAGCAGCAACGUUCCGCCACUCCCGCGCCAACCAGAUCGUCGCCCUACUCUCCGGUCCAAGCGGUCUCGUCGACUCCGAUGGGCCAAGAAGCCACCUCGAGGAGCGAUAGUCCGGAUAAGGGCGACUUGUCGUCCGCGCAAACCAAGGACCAAGAGUCCGACAACUCGGUGUUUGACGGAGGUGGAGGCGGCGGCGGCAAUGCCGGUAGCGGUCGUACGGAAGCCCCCAGCCAGCCUAGUCACCGAAAUAGCCCGUCGUCACAGUUCAACCCGAGCCAGAGCGUCAGUCCGGGCGGUGGGACCGCGCACGGGCCGCAGCAGCAAACGCCGCAGACCUCGCCGACGCCGGCGAGGCCGCGGGCACCCUCGGUACCGCCGCACCUGUUGGCGCACCAUCAUCAGUUCUGGUCGCAGAACACCGGCGUGCAGGGAUUCGCCACGCAGAGGCUACUCAACGGCGUCAUCAGCAGCGUCGGCUACGGCCAGAACGCCACCGCCGUCUCCACGAGUGGCGGCACCAGCACCAGCGGAAGCGCCAGUUGCGUCUCCACUGGUGCCACCACCACAGGGACUUCGUGCGAAGGGAUGAAACCACCGGCGCAGAGAGCAGCGCCGGCACCACCGCGGCCCCCGCCCACAGUGAUAAUGGGUGAGAUCGGCGGCGUCCGGACGAUGAUAUGGUCGGCGCCGUUGGACCCGGUACCGCCGCCUGCGGCGUCGUGGACGACGACCGCGGCGGCGGCGGCAUCGUGCUCCUCAUCGGAGGAGUCUGCCGCCCAACUGCUGCUGAACCUCGGUCAAGAGUCCAGGGGCAAACCGCCCACUUCGUCGGUGUCAUACUCGUCCGGACCACCACUCAAUAUGGAGAGGCUAUGGGCCGGCGAUCUCACACAACUGCCGGCCGCUCAACAGAUGCAGGCGCUGAAUCUGACCGCCUCCGGUUCCGGCCAGCCGUGGGUGAGCAACGGCGGGGUCGUCAAAUCCGAGGCGGCCUCGCAAUCUAUAUCGAUAGCGCCGCCGGCGCCGCCGUUGCCACCCCAAGAACACGAGGAGGACGAGACGCCUAUGAUUUGCAUGAUCUGCGAAGACAAGGCGACCGGCCUGCACUACGGUAUCAUCACGUGUGAAGGGUGCAAAGGGUUCUUCAAGAGAACUGUACAAAAUAGGAGGGUAUACACGUGUGUGGCGGAGGGCGGUUGCGAGAUCACGAAAGCGCAAAGGAACAGAUGUCAAUACUGCCGAUUCAAGAAAUGCAUCGAACAGGGUAUGGUCCUGCAGGCAGUUCGGGAAGACCGGAUGCCUGGGGGUAGAAAUUCUGGUGCAGUGUACAACCUCUACAAGGUGAAGUACAAGAAGCACAAAAAGAGCAACAAGGCGGGCGGCGUCGGUAGUAGUAUAGGGGGCGGUAUGGGUGGCGGCGGCAACGUCGGCGGUGUAAACGGGUCGGGUUCUUUGGGUGGCAGUAAGGGCACCAUGGGCUCGACCAUGUUGGAUAAACACAUGGCCGCGGCCGCUGCGGCUCAUCACAGUCAGCAGCAGCAGCAGCAUGCGCAGCUUGCCGGCAGCUUCCUUCAUCACCAUAAAAUCACGUCGGGCGACCCGCUCAACUCACAACCCACCCCGAGCCACCCGAGUCACCCCGCGCACACGGGCCACCUCGUCAACGGGACGAUCCUGAAGACAGCGCUCACCAAUCCCUCCGAAGUGGUGCAUUUACGGCCAAGGCUAGACAAUGCAGUAAGCAGUUCGAGGGAUCGAGCCUUUCCUCUGGACGCGACCCUAACCAUGAUCCAAACCCUCAUAGACUGCGACGAGUUUCAAGAUAUCGCCACAUUGAGGAACUUGGACGAGCUGCUGGACCAUAACUCAGACUUAAGUGAGAAGCUGUGUCAGAUAGGAGACAGCAUAGUGUACAAGUUGGUGCAGUGGACCAAAAGGUUACCGUUUUACCUUGAGCUACCGGUUGAAGUUCAUACGAGGUUGCUCACUCACAAGUGGCAUGAACUCCUCGUACUGACCACCUCCGCCUACCAAGCGAUGCAUGGUCAACACAGGUUCACCAGUGUCGGUACCGACGAAACGGGUGCGGAGUUUAUGCAGGAAGUAUCGAACAACAUGUAUACGUUGCAAACGUGCCUAACCAGCAUGAUGGGUCGGUCUAUAACCAUGGACCAAUUACGGCAAGACGUAGGGGUCAUGGUGGAAAAGAUCACGUACGUCACGUUAAUGUUCAGGCGGGUGAGGCUACGGAUGGAGGAAUACGUCUGUCUAAAAGUAAUCACUAUGCUCUCACAAGAUGUGAAAUCACGAGGAGGUACAACGGAAUUAGAACAGAUACAAGAACGAUAUAUGAACUGUCUGCGAAGUUAUGUCGAACACAGCGCACCUCAACAGCCGACUCGAUUUCACGAGCUUCUCAUCAGAUUGCCGGAGGUACAAUCGGCGGCGGCUCUUCUACUCGAGAGUAAAAUGUUCUACGUUCCUUUCCUAUUGAACUCAGCAAUUCAAAGAUAGUAAUUAAACAAAGUGACGAUAAACGAAGCUGAAUACCUAUAUACAUACUAUACAUAUAUAUAAAUAUAUACGUACAGAAAAAGAGUAAGAGAACCGAACAAACAGACAACAACAAACGACAAACGAACCGAGAAAAAUAGAGCCCGUGGAAAAAUAAGAGAGAAAAAAAGAGAGUGGGGACUCGAGCCGAAUGGGAAAGGCUUUGUUUGUGAGGGCGGAAAAGGAAAGGAGGAAUCGUUCAGGCGGGCGAAGAAUUAAAAGGAACAAAAAGAGCACAUCGUGGACGAUAGAAAGUAACCACGUCAGGACAGCGAAAGCCGAAGAGAAGGAAAAUAAGAGAGAGGGAGGAAGGAAGAAAGAAAGAGAGAGAAAG